UAUACUUUAUUUAUUCCCAAAUUGCUCACCUUCGCCCUCACUUCUAACGCCCACUUCACUUCCAUUAAAAAAUAAUAUGCAGCUUUCCACUUCUUCGUCUAGUUUAUGAAUCGCGAGAGCUUAAUCGGAGAAAGAAAAAUGGCUGCUUUUUGUUUUUGCAGGAUUCUGAUUCUCAUGGCGCUUCUGUUUUCUUUUGCGGACUCUGCCUGCAACAGUACAGACAGGCUAUUUGUUUCCAGGGCUUUCAACACCGUUUCCGGCUUCAAUAUCUCCUGGAUUAUGGUUCACUGCUCCGUUCAAGAAAUUAGCCUCCCUUCCAAGAAUCUUACCGGAAUUGUUUCUUGGAGAUUUCUAAGAAAUUUGACGCACUUACGCUCCAUCGAUCUUUCCAGAAACUCGCUGGAAGGCUCUGUUCCGAAUUGGCUCUGGCGGAUACCCACUUUGGUUCAUGUCGAUCUUUCCCGUAAUCGAUUUGGAGGAGCUGUUGGGUUUGAAAUUGUCGAUUACAGACGUGUUUUUCCUUCUUCUUCGAUUCGGGUUCUUAAUCUUUCUUAUAAUAGAUUCUCUAAUACUGUUCGGCUCUCUGGGUUUUCGCGGCUGCAAGUUUUGGACCUCUCGCGGAAUAAUCUGCGGAAUCUCCCAUCUGGGUUGGAGAAGCUUUCUAAUCUGAAACACUUGGUUGUUUCGUGGUGUAACAUUUCUGGGAGUUUGAAGCCUAUCUCUGUUCUUAAUUCGCUCGAGUAUUUAGACGUGUCGGGUAACUCCAUGACGGGUAAUUUUCCGUCGGAUUUCCCUCCGCUUAAUGGAUUGAAGUUCUUGAAUGUUUCAAUAAACAAGUUUGAGGGAGUGAUUGGGUCAGAGAAUUACGAGAAAUUUGGGGAAUCAGCGUUUGUUCAAACUGGGAUUACUUUAGUUCAAAUGAAAACCAGAGGCGCCCCAAAUCCUCAUCAUAACAAUACCAUCCAAUCACACGUACCCAAAACAGAACCGGCGAAAAAGGCCAAACCCAAAUCGAAAACGAAGCCGCUGAUUCUUGCCGUGUCGUCUGGUGCAGUAUGUUUGUUUUUAGCGACGGCUGUUUUAGUGAUAUGGAGACGAAAGAGAAUGAUGAGACAAAAAAUCAACUGGGCAAUCUCCACGCCCGCCCAAGUCCAGUUGAAGAUGGACAAAUCUGGACCGUUCGCCUUCGAGACCGAGUCAGGAUCCUCCUGGAUAGCGGACAUCAAGGAACCAUCUUCGGCUCCAGUGGUGAUGUUUGAGAAGCCGUUGAUUAACCUCACCUUCAAGGAUCUGAUUGCUGCCACGUCGCAUUUCGGUAAAGAGUCCCUUCUGGCAGAAGGCAGGUGUGGGCCUGAGUACCGAGCUGUCCUUCCCGGAGACAUCCACGUGGCGAUCAAGGUUCUUGAAUCCGCUAGAUCCGUUGCUCGUGAUGAGGCUGUAGCCAUGUUCCAGGAGCUUGCCGCACUCAAGCAUUCAAAUUUGUUACCGCUCUUUGGUUACUGUAUUGCUGGUCAAGAGAAAUUGGUGUUGUACGAGUUCAUGUCCAACGGUGACCUCCACCGGUGGCUUCACGAACUCCCAACCGGCCAGCCCAACGUGGAAGACUGGAGCACCGACACGUGGGAGAUCAGCAGUAAUCCAAUGAGUGGGUCCCAUUUAUCGUUACCGGAGAAGUUGGGUUGGUUGACGCGCCACCGUAUCGCCGUGGGGAUUGCGCGUGGAUUGGCGUAUCUCCACCACGCGGGAUCGAAACCGAUUGUCCACGGACAUUUGGUGACGUCCAAUAUUUUUCUAGCGGAUGACUUCGAGGCUCGAAUUGGAGGGUUUGGAUUGCGAGAUGCCGGCGGGGAAAACAGCGAGGGCGUGGAGAAAGACGUGUACUGUUUCGGAGUGGUAUUGAUGGAGCUUUUGACGGGGAUGCCCGGCAGUGCUAACACGGUGGUGGGAGUGAGAAGGAUGGUAAGAGAGGGAAAAGGUUUAGAGGCGAUUGAUCCACGAUUGCGACUUGGCAGUGGGGAAUCGGAGAUGGUGGAAAGCCUCCGUGUGGCGUAUCUGUGUACGGCGGAGACGGCGUUAAAAAGGCCUACAAUGCAACAGGUCCUAGGGCUGCUCAAGGACAUACAUCCAUGAAGUGAACUUUAAAAUUGACACAAUUACCCCUCAUCUCAUCGGUAAAUUACCGACUGUACCACUACACGACGAAAACGAAACGGAGUGGCCCAAAAGGAAAAGGCAUUUCCGGAACAGGGGAGGCCUAGCCCCUUCCCGUCCCUUGCCUUGCCUUACCAGAGAUGCCUCUUGACCAGCUUUAACAACUUUUUUAUUUUUCUUUUUUUAAAUUUUUUGGGUUCGUUAAAAAAUGAGCGAGGAGAAGGCAGAAGAAUCCCACUUAUGGCUUGUCUCUUCCAUCAUCCAAUUACUUUAUUAUUUAACCCUCAUCUUCAUAUAUAUAUUUUUUUCUUUUUCUUUUUCUUUUUCUUUUUGCUUUA